AUGAAUAAUAGGGUAGUUUCUCUGGUCACUCUAUUGUCUCGACGUUCCUCAACAAGAUUUUACCGAACAUCUAGCGAUAAUCUUAGUUCUUUUACACCAGCGGAGGCUGGCAAACUUUAUGAAAUUCCAAAGGAUGUGGCUACUCAGCUACAGUUUCAGAAAACUCUUCCAUCGGCGCUCAGAAAACAAUUCGAUACACUUGGUGAAGUCGUUUUGAUGCUAAGAAGUUCCUUUUUUGAGGUAGCUGCAUGUAUGGAAGCCGUAAAGCCCUCUUUUCCAACAAUCAAGACCGUCUUGUGGGGGGCUUUUGGGACUGGAAAGUCGGUAACUCUUAACCAAGUUGUUCAUUAUGCAAACAUCAAUGGAUGGGUUGUUGUGCAUGUUCCUUCUGCCAUGGAUUUCACACGACGUGUUUCCGAAGUUGAAAUGUCAACCUACAAGGCCGGAAGAAUCAAUGAUCCAAUCAACUCUGUUGCCAUUUUAACUCAGUUCAAACAUCAGAACUCCAAUUUAUGGAAAAAUCUAUCCGAACUCAAAACUUGCAAAAAUUACGAGUGGAACAAGAACGAGAAAACUGCAGAGGGGAGGCCGUUAACUGAUAUCGUGGAAAUGGGACUUUCUGCUCCUUACAUAGCAACGGACUGUGUUGGAGCUUUAUUAUCAGAACUCAAGCACCAUGCUAGUUCGGGUACAAUCAAGGUACUUGCUGCUGUCGACGACGCUAAUUCACUUUGGGGGAAAACACUGGUGAAGAAGGCCGAUCGGACUUACGCAAAUGCUAAAGAACUUACCUUGGUACACCAUUUUGUGAAAUUCAUUAGCAGUGAUUGGUCGAAUGGACUUGUUUUGAUGGUUGCUGAUAAGAAGGAAACCUCAGACGCCAGAGAUCAGCUGACCGUACCCCUUCACACACCUUUGGAACUUUUUGGGGAAGAAGGCUUUGAAACGAUCGAGCCAUUUGUUCCAGUCGAAACAUCUCAAUACUCUAAAGAAGAACUGACAAACAUUUACAAAUAUUAUUUUGAUAAAAAAUGGAUUUCGAGUGCAGAAGGGCGAUCGGAAGCUGGAAAACUGCAAAUGAUGCAUCUCAGUGGCUUUAACCCUCAUUAUUUCGAGAGAUUAGCAGCGUUCAAUUAA